AUGCCUCAGCUAGACACGUCAACAUGAUCCAUCACUAUCCUCUCAACAUUCAUCUCACUAUUCACCCUAAUACAACUCAAACUCACUAAACAUAACUUCAUCACCCCCCCAACGCCAAAAACACCCAACACAACAAAACACACAACACCUUGAGAAAUAAAAUGAACGAAAACUUAUUCGCCUCUUUCGUAG